CGGGUGGGCGGCCGAGCCGGGGAAGACGCUGCCCACGAACCACCAUGGCUUCCCCUAAGAAAGGCUUCUACCGGCAGGAGCUGACGAAGACCCUCUGGGAAGUGAAAGAGCGCUAUCGGGAUUUGCAGCCGGUGGGAUCCGGAGCCUACGGCUCGGUGUGCUCAGCUAUUGACCGGAAAAGUGGAACCAAAGUGGCCAUCAAAAAGUUGUACCGCCCAUUUCAAUCUGAACUCUUUGCCAAACGAGCCUACCGGGAAUUGCGACUCCUGAAACACAUGAAGCAUGAAAAUGUAAUUGGACUACUAGAUGUUUUCACUCCAGAUGUGUCACUUGAGAAAUUUAACGAUUUCUACCUCGUCAUGCCAUUUAUGGGAACAGAUCUGAGUAAAAUAAUGAAACAUGAGAAGCUAUCUGAAGAUAGGAUCCAGUUCCUGGUCUAUCAGAUGUUAAAGGGCCUAAAGUAUAUCCAUUCAUCAGGCAUAAUUCAUAGGGACCUAAAACCUGGAAACCUAGCAGUAAAUGAAGACUGUGAACUGAAGAUUUUGGACUUUGGACUAGCAAGACAUACAGACAGUGAAAUGACUGGAUACGUGGUUACCAGGUGGUACAGAGCCCCAGAAGUUAUACUAAAUUGGAUGCAUUAUACUCAGACAGUUGACAUCUGGUCAGUGGGUUGUAUAAUGGCUGAGAUGAUAACAGGAAGGCCGCUCUUCAAAGGCAAUGAUCAUCUGGACCAGCUCACAGAAAUUAUGAAAGUUACAGGAACACCAACUCAAGAUUUUGUUCAGAAACUUCAAAGCCAAGAUGCAAAAAACUAUAUCAAAAGCCUCCCAAAAGUGCAGAAGAAAGAUUUUGCUGCCAUCUUGAAGUAUGCAAAUCCCUUAGCAGUAAACCUUUUGGAGAAGAUGCUGGUGUUAGAUGCAGAAAACAGAAUAACAGCCGCAGAAGCUUUGGCGCAUCCUUAUUUUGAAGCCAUCCAUGACCCUGAAGAGGAACCUGAAGCAGAGAAAUAUGAUGAUACUUAUGACAACAUGGAUCUGCCCCUGGAUGAAUGGAAAUGCAUUACAUAUAAGGAAAUAAUGAACUUUAAGCCUCCACAGUUGCCUGAAUCAAAAGAAACAGCGGUAUAACUACAAAGGACCAUUUGCCUGGGAAUCAAGUAAA